GCGGAGCGGGGAAGCGGCGGCGGCGGCAGCGGCAUGGCAGCGCGGCGGGCGUGAGCGCCCAUCCACGGCCCCGCUACCCGGCCCGCAGGCUGCGGCGGCCAACAUGGAUUUUCUCUUCAUCUGCCCCUUUCUGCUGGCGCUGCUGCUAUCCCGGGGCAGCUUUGCAGACCUGGAAAAACAGAAGGUGGACUCUGGCUUGGAAAUCUAUAAAAAGCUGUUUGAGGUGAAGCGCAAGGACCAGAUGAACGCGCUGAAGAACCUGAUUGAGCUCAACGAUGUCAACCAGCAAUACAAAAUCAUCGACAUCAUGCUCAAGGGACUCUUCAAAGUGCUGGAGGACUCCCGAGCUGUGCUCAUCGCUGCCGAUGUGCCUCCUGAUGGGCCUUUCCCUCAGGAUGAGAAGAUAAAGGAUGCGUACUCCCACGUGGUGGAGAACACUGCCUUCUUCGGGGACGUCGUCCUGCGCUUCCCCAAGAUCGUGCACCACUACUUUGACCGCAACUCCAACUGGAACAGCCUCAUCCGCUGGGGCAUCGGCUUCUGCAACCUGACGGGCGUGUUCGAGCAGGGACCUCACUCCCAGGUCCUGGGACUGAUGGCUCAGGAGCUGGGAAUCAGCGAGAAAUCAGCCGAUUACCGCAAUCCCUUUAAAACGGACCACUCUGAGUUUUUCCCCAGUGCUGACACCUUCCAGAAGGCACUGCGGGAGGAGGAGAAGCGGAGGAAGAAGGAGGAGAAGCGGAAGGAGAUCCGCAAGGGCCCGCGCAUCUCCCGCUCGCAGUCGGAGCUGUAGCGUGCGGGGACUCGCACCUCGCGGUGGGGGUGAUGCCACCGGGAUGUGGAGUGGCUCCCUCCCUCUUGGUGGCCUCGGGCCAGCGCCCCGCGGUCCCCUUUCCAUUUGUGCCGUGGGUUUUGUUUUGUUGCCUUUCCCUUUCGUUCGGCGGGUGGCGGUGCCGGUGGGUUGCCCCAGUAGGGCUGGGGGGAGCCGAAGUGGGGCACCCCACCCCCAGAGCCAAAGCACAGAUGGGAAGGCAGCAGGGCCGUCCCCUGGGCUGGCUGGGGCACUGCCACCCACGGUGGGGAAGGGCGAGGGGCACGCGCUGUGGCUGAGCCCCACAGGGAGCCCAGGGAACCCUCCCCUCCGCAGCACAGGGUGCCCCGCGCUGAAUGUGCCUCCUCUGUCGUGGGUGGGCCGGGGAGCUCAUCACACCAAACAGCCUCAUGAGCAAUGCUGCUUCUCUCAGUUUUAGGGUUUUUUUUUUGUUGGUUGUUUUUUUUUUUUUUGUUAAGCCGGUGAUCUCAUUGGCACCCCCCCACCCGGUUACACCUUGUCUGUGCCCAUCUGCUGCCUCUGCCGGAUCAGCUCUCCCCUCUUCCCAGCGGCUGUUUUACCAAGCAACAUGCGUUUCAUCAGCCAGCCGUAGUUGAAAAGGCCAGCGGCGCCGGUUCCUGGCCCGACAGCAUCCUGCUCUCCUGGGCGGCUGCCACGGGGCGUUUCCGCAGGGAGGCAAACGUGGUGAAUUUUUGGGAAGGAGGAAUUUCAGCUCUUGGCCCUCCUUGCAGAUGAUGGGUGCCCGUAGAGCAAGCCCUGCUGAUGCUGGAGGUGCUGGGGAACCAGCCCUGAACCCCCGUGAGCCUGUCCUGCACCCCAUGCCGUCCUGCCCCCAUCCCCCUGCUGUGGGGCUGAUCCUUUCUAAUUUAGUCCCCCAAACCCCAACCUGCUUACAGGCACAUGGGGACAGCAGGGCUGAAGCAGGGUGGGAGCCAACCCGUGGGCUGUGACCCUCUGUGGGGCGUCUGGGCUGCAGCGGGAAGGGAGGUGGGGGGCUGGCCCCCAGACCUGGCCUUUUCUCGUGGCUGCUGAUGAACUCAGAGCAGAGGAGGCUCUUGCAGAGGGACAGUCCCUGAGCAGCGGGUGCUCUGUGCCGGGCUGGGGGCACCGCGGCCUUCGGGAAACGGGAAAUGUCCUGAAUUUUUAAAUACGGACCCAGGUCUGUCUGGUGGGGGGGGUGGGG